UUGCGUGUUGGCAUUGGACUUUCACUGUCGUUAACACUCCUUGUUUCUCGCGUCUCCUUUACAGUGCCGGGCGAAGCAGCCUCCUCGGAAGAUGAAGACAGCCAGAGCUUCUUCUCUGUCCCUAGAGAACUGGUUGAGUCGCAACCCACGACGCGGCCACGACGUGGGGGCUUGUACCACUGCGAGUUCUGCCCUUACUUCACUCGUUAUCUGCAUCAUGUCAUUGAGCAUGAAAGGACACACACGGGAGAGAAGCCUUUCCACUGCUCUGUCUGCGAGAUGGCUUUUACUCAAAUCGGUAGCUUACAGACUCACAUGAGGACUCACACAGGGGAGAAACCAUUUCGCUGCGAGGUUUGCCAGAAGACGUUUGUAAAAAACAGUCGCCUAGUGAUUCACAAAAGAGUUCAUACGGGUGAGAAGCCGUACCAGUGUGACAUCUGCGAGAAAACAUUUUCGGAUCAAUCCAACUUGUUGAAUCAUAAACGAACCCACAGCGGGGAGCGGCCUUACAAGUGUGAAGCAUGUGGGGAAGCAUUUGGCACCAAAACCCAUUUAAGUAGGCAUAUAAAAAGAAUGCACAAGUGAGGAAUCGGAGCCAUGGAAUUUCUGGAGGUCAUUUGUGUGGACGAGUUUUCAUGUUUUACUGUGUGUUUCACUGUUUGUAUGUUGUUUGUUCACCU